CAAAAGCGUUGCGGGUGAGCGCCUACCGUGCAGCAUGAGUGGGCACGUGAGUACACUAGCCAACAGGUUCGUGACUAACAGGAAUGUGUCCAUUUCAAAAGUCACAACUCCUGGUUAUCUCUAGAUCUUCUUUUUGGUCAAUUUUCAAAGUUUUUUAGAUCUUCAUUUUGUGGGACUUUUUUUUCAUGGCGUAGGAAGACAGAUAUGUGUGUGUAAAUAACAAUAACAUUUUAACAGAAAUCUAUUCCUACGCUCAGACUUUUUGGUAAUUUGCGUGUUUAGUUAUUUUAUUUCUCUUUAUGGACAACGGAAGUUGCGUCAUUUUAUUGGUGUUUGCUUAAGUGAAAUUUGAUAUGGAGAGUCCCAUGUUAAAGUCAGCUGACCAGGCUGGAAACAUGACACUUGACGAAGCGGAUAAAAUUGAUUGGUGUAUUGUGACUCCCAGCGGGUCGAGUCGGAGGAGGGCUCGUGGUAGGAUGUAUGGCAUGCUGUUUGAGAGUAUCCAGUUCUUCAUCAAGCAAGAUUAUGGCACAGACAUUUGGUCCACCGUCUUGGAAGCUGCGGGAAUUCCCAAUGUUAUAUUUAUUCCACACAAGACCUACCCUGAUGAAUGGAUGGUCAAUCUGGCCAAGGCCACCUGUCAGACAUUGUCCAAUCAAAACUUAAAUGAGGUCAUGCUGUACUUCGGCACGUGCUUUGUCAACUUCUGCUGCAAGUUUUCAUACGACAAGAUUCUAAGGCUGGCAGGGAGGAACUACAGAGAUUUCUUGAAUGAAAUCGACAAUGUCCAUGAGACUAUACGAUUUUCACAUCCCAAGAUGCAAAGUCCGUCCUUCAUCGUCCAAUCAGAAGACAGGACUGGUUGUAUCCUCAUCUACCGCUCUAUGAGGACUGGCUUCACCUACUACGUCAUUGGUCAGCUGAUGCAGUGUGCAAAGAUGUUCUUUAAGGUUGACGUUGAGAUUAAAGUCUUGGAAGAAAUCGUGACAGACAAAGGCUGCCACGUGACGUUCAGGCUAGACUACGAUAACAUCGGGUACACUCCCCCUGUGGGCAAGGGAGACUCGGGGGUGUACCUCAGCUCUUACCCCGAGAUUAAAAGCUCCACUUUCUUUAAGUUAUUUCCCUUCUGCCUUGUCUUCAACUCCAAAAUGAAAAUUAUCGGCGCCGGUGGCAACUUGGCUAGCCUGUUGAGAAGUCAGGACCUUCUGGGCGCCACUGUCACAGACAUGUUCAGUUUGCGGCGCCCCCUGGUGGACUUUACCUGGACCAAUACAAUGUGCCUUCAGAAAGUGAUAUUUGAAGUGGAGUGGAGAAAGGAAGAGAUUCAGAAAGACAACUCUACCCUGAAACCACGUCGCCUUGGAGACGAGAAACCACACUCGAAAAGAUUGUUACUCAGAGGUCAAAUGAAGUACAUCAAAGAUUGGGACGCCAUCGCCUUUCUCUGUACUCCUUUGCUGGGUAACUUGGAUGACAUGUUAAAGACUGGCAUCUAUCUCCACGAUCUAAACAUGUUCGACAACAGCCGUGACCUAGUUUUGGCAGGUCAACAGUGUGCCUCUGACCUGGAGUACAGCAUGGAAAAGCAAACUGCCUGGUCCAAGCAAAUAGAAGAAACUCUACAGAAACUGGACAAAGCCAGACAACAGAGCGAGAACUUGAUCAACUCCAUGUUAACCAAGAGCAUUGCUGAUCGCUUGAAACAGGGAGAUAACGCGGUGUCCACAUGUGAGUCGUUUCCUCAAGUGACAAUUUUGUUCAGUUACUUGGUGCGCUUCUCAGACAUCUGUACGGAGGGGACGCCUAUGCAAGUUGUAGAGUGCAUCCAGAACGUGACGGAGGUGUUCGAUAAAAUUGUGGACAGAUAUAAAUUGUUUAAGGUGGAGACACUGGGUGAUGGGGUGUACAUGGUUGCUGGUGGGGUGCCAGACAAAUGUCCAGAGCAUGCCCAGAAAGUGGCGGGACUAGCCAUAGAGCUGGUAGAGAAUGCCAUGUACGUCAAAAAUCCAAUCACAGGUGCUGGGAUGCAGGUCAGAAUAGGCAUGCACACUGGCAGUGUGGUGGCAGGAAUUGUGGGUAAAAGAACUCCCCAGUAUUGCCUGUUUGGAGACACAGUGAACACAGCAGCCAGGAUGCAGACAAACAGUGAGCCAGGUAGAAUACAUCUAACACAGCCCUGUCACGAUUGUCUUAAAGGUUCAGACUACACCACAGUUUACAGGGGCAGGAUUAAUGUCAAGGGUAAAGGUGAAAUGAAGACCUACUGGCUAGCGGGAAAGAAAGGAGAAGAGUCCACCAGGACAAUGUGCAGGAUAUUCAGAGCAGAACAUCUGAAGAGAAGACAAGGAUCCACAGAAAAUCCUUACGACUUGCAUGGUCUCCAUAACUCUACAUCAGCCUCAAAUUUUAUCACCAUCUCAGACUUGAAUGAUGAGGACGAGAGAGAGUUGGAGCUGACUUUAAGCUCAGUUUUUGAUGACGAGGACGAAAGAAUCUCUGCCAGCAUGGCCAAAAGUAAUUUUGAUCUCAACAUGGCCAGAGGUUUUGUUGAGCCAAUCAAGUCUCCAGACAUGACCAGAGGUGUUGUUGAGCCAAUCAAGUCUCCAGACAUGAUCAGAAGUCUUGUUGAGCCUAUAAAGUCUCCAGAGCUGACCAGAGGCAUUGUUGAGCCAAUCAAAUCUCCAGAGUUGAACAGAGGCAUUGUUGAGCCAAUCAAGUCUCCAGAGUUGACCAGAGGUCUUGCUGAGCCUAUCAAGUCUCCAGAGUUGACCAGAGGCCUUGUUGAGCCCAUCAAACCUACAGAGUUACCAGAACCUUCAAAAGUUACAAACUGAAAAAAAACCUGAAUAAAUACACUUGUUAUAAAAAUCAACACGUUUUGACACUAACACAGCAUUGGCAGACAUCAUUAAUAAUCUUUAUACGGCACAUUAUUAAAAUAGUUGACACACUGACACAUCAAUGGGGGCACUAGCCUAAUUGAUGACACCUAAAACACAUGCUGACAAAUUAUCCUUAUAGCUGACAAUCUGAUAGUGACACAUUCGCAAAAUAGUUAACACAUUACACAUUCAUCUGAUAGUGACACAUUCGCGAAAUAGUUAACACAUUACACAUUCAUUGGCAUUCUCGUAUGCAAACUGCAAUAACUGUUGUUACUAACUUGAUACGUGUGUCACAAAAGCCUAAACAAUGACAUACUGACACAAGACCGACACACUGAUGACAAACCGUUGACAAAACUAAACGAUUGUUGAACUCAAUUUGAUUUUUACUUCAUAAAAAAGGUCCAGCAAAAUCUGUUAUUUAUUUCAAAAUAUAUUCCAUUUGAAAGAUAAGUUUUCAUUGGUCCUCUUUUUUUGAUGAGCUCUUUCAUCACAAAUAGAUUCUCCAGUUACCGCGAGAUUUUUUGAAUCAAAACUUUAGUGAAGGCCAACAACACUGAACUGGUCAAUAUUUAAACAUUGUUUUGUUUUUAUAUUGAGACAAAGGUGAUCAUAAUGUGCCUCGUUGGCUUGGAGAAAAUGGGUACAUUUAAUUAUUUUCUUUAUAAGGUCAAUGGUUGUUAGCAUCUUUUUUAGUUUUGUUUAAAACUAACAGCGUUUACAAGAGAAGAUUUUUUUGUACAUGGUUAUGAAGUUAUGAUUGAGACCUUAACAAUUAAAAUUGUCAAAAUUGAAAAUGUUUAUCAUUUUGUUUUAUUUCGCAUACGCGUUCAUUCUAAUAGUCAAAACUUUUUUACCCAAUUAGACUAUAAAAUCAGAGAAAAUUGUGAAUCUGCAACAGUUGGUCCAGCGAUAACUUUCCUUACCCUAGCUUUGGAUAAUCAUAAAUAAAAAGAAACUAUUUUUAAAAAUUAAAAAAAAACUGAAAAGCAUUAUUUUUAAUGUAGGAGCUUAACAACUAGAGAAAAAAUCUAUUUUAAGGAAAGAAAAUCUCAAGUGUGACAUAAACUUUGAUCUCUAACCUAUCAACUAUUUUAUUUAUCCUAUAUCUUGUAUCGCAACCAUAGAAAUAAAUAUAUUUAUGUCUAUGAUCGCAACGCUCAGUAUCUUGGAUUGGAAUCAGUUUUGUAGCUAAAUAUGAACAAUUAGAUUAUGUGUUUAAUUUUAAGUAUUAAAAUGAUUAGCAAUAAAGCUUGUCUUUGAGCCUGAAGAUUAAAAAGGAGUAUAGUAUUAUUUAAAGUAAAAUGGUUUUUUCUACGUUCCCAUCUAUUGUUUAUUGCUUUUAUUUCAAAUUAGCUCAAAGCCUCCAAGAUCCAUGGUAAAUGUAACUAACCCAUACAUUUAUUAGACUCUAAAAUUGCUGUAAUCAUUUUGGGAUAUCGCUCAGUGGAAAAAAAAGUUUUUUUUUCUCAUGUAAUAUUUUAGUAUUUAUUAUUGACUUGUUUAAAAAAAUGCAGCUUGUAUACUAUUUGUGUUAAAUCGUUAAAUCAUGUUUAAUCGCUGCCUUAAUGUAACAUUUGCUUUUGCUUUCAUCUUCAAUGUCUUUUUGUUUCGUUUCGUUAAUUAGCUGAUACACAAUCAGAUGUUUCUCUAUGUCUGACCUAUGUAAAAGUGAUUGGCCAGUAUUACAAUGUUAUCUCGUCUCAAGAAGACACAAGAAUGUGAUUAAAGAAUGAAUGCUUCGAUAAAGA